UGGACAUCUGAAUUUCAUGUCCAUGUCAUUCACACCUUCAUCAGGACUUUUCCCCCUUUGCCUUAACAAACGACAGUACUUCUGUUGCAAUACCUCUAAUUAUAAUUGAUUUGUUUAGGAAGUAUAUUCACAGGUUUUGCAGUAGUGUGAGCUUCGCAACAGUGUUCUAACUAAUAUCAGCAUUAUUAUGUUAAUUAUAGUUUUUUUCUGUUAUAGGACAAUAGAUAUUGUCAAUCAAUUGAAAGUUUUAUUUUCAUAUUUGCACACAUCAUAUUAAGGGUUCUCUACAUCAGCAUGAGGUGCUUUUAAGCCAAGAACAAGUCUGCGAAAGAAUGGAAGGUGCAUAGUUGAUUUGAAAUAGGUCUUAUAGUACUGGUCACUGAAUAGCCACCCACUCUGAAACUAUAUACUGUAGGCAAUGGCUCCCAAUCUGGGAGUCAAGACACCCCAUGGGGUCUUAAGAUAAAGCUGAGGGAUCAAAAGAAGGAGAAAGAAAAAAAAUAUCUAUAUUUCCGUUAAACUACUAGUUACUCUGGUUCUCUUCUAUGGUAUACUUCAAAUAAAACAAUCUGAGAAGGAAAAAGUAUUCUUUGCUUGAACUGCCUGUAACUCACAUCCACAUUACAGCCCUAAGCUGUGAUGGAAGGUCACAAGUAGAUAGUGCUUCAUCUUAAGGGAUCACUUGUCAAAAGGUUUGGGAACCACUGCUGUAUGAGACAUAGUUCUGCAUCACUGUGGGGGGAUUUAGGCACAUCAGCAGGCCCUUAUAUAAACAGUGUAAUGCAAUACAAACACAUACAAAAACAUUAAGUAGGCCUACCUCAAAAUGACCAUGUAGUCUAAUCAACACCUCUGACAGUCUCAAUAUAAAUGGAACAUUAAAAAGUAGCAUUUAUUUCAGUUGUAUUGCAUUAUAUUGUGCAGGUGUUCAUGUUACUGUGUCCGUCUUUAUUGAUAUGUCAAUUUUUUAACAAAUACAUUUUAAUCAUGUACAUCGGUUAUCUCCUGUAGUAGCAUGUAUGUUAAAAAAAAGUCACGAGUAGAGUCCUGUCUGUCUCUUAACAUGAGGUGCACUUGUUUUGGAAUUUGAUUCGCCAAGGAGGCUUCGGACGCACCGCCUCCCGGUCAGCGGCCCCUCCUGAUUGGUCGCCACCGUCGCCUGUCUCGGGGACUUCAGGGGAGGCACGAGUUGGCCCAUAAGCCUGCGCUCGCGAGUCAUCAGUGUCGGACACGUAGUGGGAACGAGCAGGUCCCGAUGCACAAGUCACGGCCACCCUCAGCGGAGAUGAAGGCGGACUCCGACUGGCUCUGAUUUUUAAAAGCCUUUUUCAUUCAGGAGGUUGGUUGCCAAUGGUUAUCAAUAUGGCAGAGCCGUUAUCCCAAGCACCCACCGCUGCAAAAAUGGCGUCACUUAACCGGGUCCGAGCUUUGGCGAUGAUUUUCUUAACUGUCACUGGUUGUUGUGUCACCCCGACAAGUGGCAAGGAAGGGUCCGAGGAGACCGUCAUCAUAGGGCUCAGACUGGAGGACACGGACGACAUUUCCUUCAUGGAUAGGGGCUACCUGCGGGUGAGUGAGCGGUCUCGGGUGAAAUUAAGGGUGUACGGGCAGAACAUCAACAACGAGACCUGGUCCAAAAUUGCAUUCACGGAACAUGAGCGGAGCCGGACGGUAGGGAGCCUUGACAGCUCCUCGGGGGAUAACCAGAGCCAAGAGGACUCGUCCAGCUUGCAUCCCUGCGGUAUUAGGACUUCGGAUAUAAUUAUAUUGCCCAACAUCAUCCUGAAUCGAAAGACGUCCGGAAUAGUUGAAAUUGAGGUCAAACCUCUGCGAAAGACUGAGAGGAGUAAAGCGUAUUACCUUUGCAUCGCCACCGCGACACCGCCCGUGGCCGGGAUGCACGACCCGUGGACGGAGAACACCUGGAUCUACCACGAUGGUGAUGACACCAAAGUGAUAGUGGUAGAGGAGAAAAGGUUUCUGUUGCCUUUCUGGCUCCAGGUCAUCUUCAUCUCCAUGUUGCUUUGCCUGUCGGGCAUGUUCAGCGGGUUGAACCUGGGGCUCAUGGCUCUGGACCCCAUGGAGCUCCAGAUAGUCCAGAACUGCGGCACGGAAAAGGAAAAGAAUUACGCCAAAAAAAUAGAGCCGGUCAGGAGCCAAGGGAAUUACUUGCUUUGCUCGCUUCUGCUCGGGAACGUGUUGGUGAACACCACGCUGACCAUCCUGCUGGAUGAUAUCGCCGGUUCGGGGUUGAUUGCGGUGGUCAUGUCCACCAUUGGAAUAGUCAUUUUUGGAGAAAUCGUGCCCCAGGCCAUCUGCUCCAGACACGGCCUCGCUGUCGGCGCCAACACCAUAUUCCUCACCAAGUUCUUCAUGCUGCUCACCUUCCCUGCUUCCUACCCGGUGAGCAAGCUGCUAGACUACCUUCUGGGACAGGAGAUAGGAACCGUGUACAACCGGGAGAAGCUUCUGGAGAUGCUGCGCGUCACGGACCCCUACAACGACCUGGUGAAGGAGGAGCUGAACAUCAUCCAGGGCGCGCUGGAGCUCAGGACUAAGACCGUGGAGGACGUGAUGACGCCGCUGAGAGAUUGCUUCAUGAUCCCCGGGGAUGCCAUCCUCGACUUUAACACCAUGUCCGAGAUCAUGAAGAGCGGCUACACGCGCAUCCCGGUCUAUGAGGGCGAGAGGUCCAACAUAGUGGAUCUGCUCUUUGUCAAGGACCUGGCGUUUGUGGACCCGGAUGAUUGCACCCCGCUCAAAACCAUCACAAAGUUUUACAGCCACCCGUUACAUUUUGUGUUCAAUGACACCAAGCUGGACGCAAUGCUGGAGGAGUUUAAAAAAGGAAAAUCCCACUUGGCCAUAGUUCAAAGGGUGAACAAUGAAGGUGAGGGAGACCCUUUCUACGAGGUUCUGGGUAUUGUCACCCUGGAGGACGUUAUUGAAGAAAUCAUCAAGUCGGAGAUCCUGGACGAGACUGACUUGUACACUGACAACAAGACGAAGAAGAAAAUCACCCAUCGGGAAAGGAAGCAGGAUUUCUCGGCCUUCAAGCCUACUGACAAUGAAAUGAAGGUUAAAAUAUCACCUCAGCUUCUGCUGGCUACCCUGCGUUUCCUAGCAACAGAGGUUGAGCCGUUUGCACCGGUGCAAAUGUCAGAGAAGAUUCUGCUGCGCUUGCUGAAGCACCCCAACGUCAUCCAGGAGCUGAAAUACGAUGAGAAGAACAAGCGGGCAGCAGAGCACUACCUCUUUCACAGGAACAAGCCCGUGGAUUAUUUCAUCCUCUUACUGCAGGGGAAAGUGGAGGUGGAGGCAGGAAAAGAGGGGAUGAAGUUUGAAGCGGGACCGUUCUCCUUCUAUGGGAUGAUGGCUCUGACAGCCUCGCCAGUGCCUCUGUCCCUGUCUCGUACAUUUGUGGUCAGUAGGGCUGAAUCAUUAGCAGGAUCUCCAGAAAACAAAUCUCCUCCACGGCCGUUUGGUCUCAACCACUCAGACUCUCUGAACAGGAGCGAUCGUAUAGACGCUAUCACCCCGACUCUUGGCAGCAGCAACAACCAGCUCAACUCCUUCCUGCAGAUCUACAUGCCUGACUACUCAGUCAGAGCGCGCUCGGACCUGCAGUUUAUAAAGGUAACACGCCAACAGUACCAGAACGCCGUAAUGGCAUCACGGAUGGACAAAACGCCCCAAUCCACAGACAGUGAGUUCACUAAGAUCGAGCUCACGCUGACAGAGCUCCAUGACGGAGUGGAGACCCCCGCCGUUGUCACCACCACAGCCAGCAGCACCACAAGCACCACCCCUGCCGUGUCCGUAGUUGUGGCCAACGAGACGUCCCACCUGCUCAACCAGCAGCAGAACUGUGUGGGCCUCAGCAGGAGCAACCACAGCACCCACAACGAGGGACCCAUCUAGCCCCCGCCGAACCCAGACCCUCCACCCUGUCUCGUGGACACACGCGGAGCGGUGGCGUUGAUGGAGAUGAGGGAAAGUGGGGAAGCGGAGGCGGGUGGAGUGAGGGUUCUGCUCCAACCAGUAGCCCCCAGUGAGUCAGUCAGUGAGACCCUUUCAUGGAGGGGCAGUGGGGAAGACGGGUGCUGCGUCACCCUGAACGCCCCCACCUGAACGCUGUCAGAAUCCCUGCUGUACUACACCCUCUUACAGAGGGUGCACUGGGACAGUACCUGUGACAGCUUCUUUUUUGGGACAAUUUGACACUUUCAUAGCGGUGACUUGGACGACAGAGGACGACAGAGUGCAUGCAAACCGUGUCCCUUCCCCACACACACACACACACACACACACACACACACACACACACACACACACACACUUAACACAACACUCAAUGUAUUUUCUCCUCAGGCCAAAGACUUUGGUCCCCCCUUCUUACACUGGACACAGACUGUUUUGCACACAUACACAAACACAGGCUAAUUUCCACACACACAAAUGCAACUCCCCCACCCAUGCAUCUUUCAGGGAGGCUCAGUCGACUGUUGAUCCCAUCAGCGAGGACUCAAACCCAAACAAGCAGAGAGCAACGGUUAGUCAAAGACUGCACCAAAAACCGCUUUGAAAGAAACCGUUAAACCAUGAACCAAGAAUGUUUUCCUGUAUUUAUUUAUUUUAUAAUAUUGUGUGUGUAUAUAUGUAUGCGUGGAGACAUGAUAUGACAUAAACUGGCAUACGAGCAUGUACACAAAGGUGUGCGUGGGGCACACGUGUCAUAUCAGAAAGGACAUGCUACAUAUAUGGAGACGAACAUCCAUUCAUGUAUAUGAGGAGGUGAAGGUCUUUUACAGAUACAGGAUGUAUAUUACAGAUCUUGUUAUUUUUACUAUUAUCCUAAAUCAGGCUUAUGGUACACUAUCUUUUUCACCUUUUAAAAAAAUCACACUAUUGCCUUUAAGAGAAAUCAUAUAAUUAAUUAUUUUAACAAAGUGCAAUGAACCGCAAUUUAUUUAAGAGAUGAUUAUGAAUAAAAAAAAUCACUGUAUUAUAAAUUGACAGAUAUAUUUGUAUGUAUGUACUGUAUGUAUAUGUAUAUUUGUUUUUGAAAAAUGCUAAACUGCAGCCAUCCACAAGCAAAAUUAUCCUUAGUCCGUCUCUCUUUCUCUUUGUCUCUUUCAUGUUUUUGCAUCCUUUGACCUCAACACAACGUCUACUAUACGUUCAUAUGGGAGUCAUGAUGCCUAGAUUAUUCACUACGGUGGAGGGGUUUACCGGGUGCAGGGGGUGUGUGAAAGUGCCAACACGGCACCUACUGUAUGCAUGCUGAGGUUAUGUGUCUUAUAUUUUUUUUGCCAAUUUUACGCAUAAUCAAACUUGAUAAUUGCACAGUAUUAAUGACCUCAUCUAACAUGUUGAGCAUCAUCAACGUCACAAAAAGUAACCUCGACAUUAAACAUGUCCAUGAAUGAUACACAGCUAUGCUUUUCCACUGUUUAUGUGUGUGAACGUGUUUUUUUGUUUUGUUUGUUUGUUUGUUGUUGUUUUUUCACACAUGUGGUACGUGCAUGUUUGUGUCUGCAAAAUAUAGCCCGGUGAUUCAGUUCAUGGAGGCUUUUUUGACAGCAGUGAAUGUGAAAGAGACUAGACUUUACUUGUUUUGGCUCCCCACACAAUGUAGAUUUAUUAUCCAUGUUUAAUAAUUAUUGAGUUAACUCAGAUCAAAAUCUAAAAUAUUCUUCACAAAUGUUGGCUGCUAUCAAAUAGAGAUAUUUAUAUUGAUUUAAUUUUAUCUUAGAAACACUGUAGCCAUAUAUGUUUAUUUCUUUCACAAUUUCAAGAACACACAAUAAAAGAAUAGUUUGACAUUUUGGGAAAUACGCUAAUUUGCAUUCUUGCUGCGAGUUAGACAAGAAGGUCGAUACCACUCAUAUGUCUACGCUAAAUAUGAAGCUACAGCCAGUAGCUAGUUAGCUUAGCCUAAACAGGGGGAAACAGCUAGCUAGCUAGCUAGCCUGGCUCUUUCCAAAGGUUAAAAAAAAAAGCCUACCAUCACCCCUAAAGCUCAUUAUUACUCCUGGAAGUCACUGUUCUGGGCAAAAAAUAACCUCUGUAAAACCACAACCGUUUUUACACGUUAUAUCUUGUCUGUAAUCCAUACAAAAAAGAAGUGUAAAAAAGACAGUUGUGAUUUUUACAGUUGGUUAUAUGCCUGUAUAUGCCUUAUAUGAUUAAUAGUGAGUAAUUAGUAAGCUUUAUUUAUUUUUUGGACAGAGUCAAGCUAGCUGUGUCUUCAUUGGUUUUCAGUCUUUAUGCUAAGCUAAGCUAACGUCGCCUAGCUCCAACUUCAUAUUUAGCAUUCAAGUAUGGUAUCAAUCUUCUCAUAUUACUCUCGGCAAGAAAGCAUAUAAGUGUAAAUGUCUGUGUUUUUUUUGUUUGUUUAUGUUUUUUUGCCCUUAUUGUUUUACCUCAUAAAGACAGGAAAGAGUUUUAAGAUACUGUAUGUGUGCUUGAAUUUUUUCCUACAUAAGUCUUAGUGUAGAAUAAUUGUUUACUUCAUAUCUGUAGGGGCGUAGAUUUUUAACUCUUUAACUAUAAAAUUACUUUGAUUCCACUUUCAGUCCUGUACAUAAACAUUAUAUGUACUGUAUGCUGGCAAUUUUCUUGCCACCUUACAGGCAACAUCAGUGUCCUAAAGCUGAAUGCCAUUCUUUUAAUAUUCAUUUGCAGUUUGUAACCACUGAUGGUCGCUGUUUCCACAUGUAAUUCAAUGUGUGUGUCUGUGUGUGUGUGUGUGUGUGUGUGUGUGUAACAGCCUCUGAAAACAGCACACAUGGACAAACAGCCCUUCCAUCUGUUUAGCCAUGAGGGGCGUCUCAGUUGUAUAACCAUACAUAGAGUACUCUGCAUUGUUUGCAGCUGUGUCCGCUGUUGUUUAUUGUUUACUUGAAAGUGCUCCUAUGCAGCAGGCCCACUCUGCUCUGCAGGGACAAUCACUCCAGAGAUAAAGCAAUGAAUGACGAUCAGAUUGUAAAAUUGUGCUUGUGACAUUCAUACUCUGCUUUGCUUUACAAGCCGGUGGAUCUCAGUGCCUGACGGGAGAACAAGAAGCAUGAUAACAAUUCAAAAAGUCCAAACGCACAACAGGAAACACUGGGGGAAGCAUCAUCUGGGACUGGGUUAUUUCAAUAUUCUGUUACCACUUACACACAGAUCUUUUUCUCUCACACACUCCAUCCUCUGCUGAACAGAGAUUAUCAUCCUUCCAUUAUGUGAAUGCUUUGCAGGCCUGUGUUUAACUGGUCCUUUGUCCAUCCCAAUGCUGCUACUGUAUCUAUGUGCUGUCCAUAAUGCUUCUUCUACCUGAAGACAACAUUCCCAUUGCCUCCACCAGCUGGUGGUUUAAUAAAAAAGUGAAUGAUUAACAGACAGAAAGUUGGUGGCUCAAUGUACUCAAUCUAAAGCUCUGCUGCUUCUAAAUGUUUUCUUAUGAGGCUUAUGGUUUGCUUUAGCAAUAAAAACAAAUGUGAAUAUGAGUUUCUUCUGACUAAAAUAUGCACACUUUUUUGUCGUUCAAAUAUAGCAAUUAAAGUAAGAGUAUGUAACUUUUGAGUGAAGAAAUAACUCCUCUUACAAAGCUGAGUUCAUAGCAAAUAAAAUGCACUCUUACUCAAUUCAGUACUCAGGGGAUUUGUUGCUACAGCCUUACUUGGUCUGGUAUGACCAGUAGCUAGUGGUGGCUAAUUUUAGCUGAUGUUAGAAAACUUGAGAUAUUGCUGUAUAGCUAUCACUGAGUCAGUUUGCUGACUUUAUGACUCUUCUGUACUUGUGCUACUGUUAGACUGUGUUUUAACAUUCACUAUUAUCCCAUAAUUGUCACGUUUGGCUACAGUAGCUGCUGUUCAGCUAAAGCUACAUAGUCCUGCUUUAAAACCUACAGAAAAGCAACAACGCAGUGAAGCAUGACUGAAGACAUGACAUGAAGAGACUGCUGAUGGGCCAGGGAAUAUAAAUGAAAUAUGUUGUAUUCACUAGUAAUAACAUUAUUUUAAUCCAACAUACAUUUAUGCAACAUAAAGAUCUAUGCAUAUUUUCAGGAUGUGUUGGUCAUCAUUUAUUGGGGAUAGUAACUUUGCUGUGCUGACUGAGAAAAAAAUUGCUGAGUCAGGAAAUGCAGCAGCAGCAGUGAGUUAAUGAAACCCAUAGAAGUUUACAGGUCCAAGCAUUGAGCCCAGGAGACUGUUUCCUUUGAUUAUGACUUGCUUCUAACAAUCCAAUCUGCAGUGUAGCUCUUCCUCUUACAAACAAUACGUUGAACUCAUUAGCAAUAAAAUGCACCCUUACUCAAUACAAAACACUGCUACGGUCUUACUUGGUCUGCUAUGACCAGUCGUUUACAGUGGCUAAUGUUAGCAAACUUUAGGUAGAUAUUGCUAUAUAACAGACAUUACAGUCAGUUUGCUGACUAAGACUUUUUCGCUACUUGUGCUACUGUAAAGCUAGCAUUUCCAUUUUAGCAUACAACUAUCCUAUUAUUGUGAAUUCUGACCAAAGUGGAUGCUUUUCAACAAAAGUUACAUAUUCUUAUUCCACACUGUGAGAGAAAUAAGAAGGUAGAUUCUUUAGGUUUGAACAGCGUUUGGCUGCACAGCAUGAAUUUGUACUGAGUUACAGUGAUUUGUCAUUACAGUCCUUGAUCUUAGCCUGUGUGUGAACCACCAUGAGAUGCAUGUCCACCAUCAGUCACAUUACACAAGUCUCUGGACAAUGAAAAGAUCACCUUCUAGAAGUAUCCACAGCCUCUCCCCCUUUGUAUUUUCGUUUAGUCAGCAUGACUGCUUUACCAUAUUACAAAUGUUUCUCGAUCCAUGGCCGCAGAGCAAAGAUUAACCUUGGGUCUAAAAUGAGCCGUGGGCCCCUAGUGACCUCCUGUUUCUCACAAUUUCCAUGCAUUGUGUAUUAGAAAGUAGCAAUUUGUUUGUGGUCUUUUGAUUAAUCACACAUUUAUUCAAGCGUACCAUGUUAGGUAAUAAUGCAGGUGUCGCCUUAAGUACCCUAUUACUUCAGUUUAUAUUGUGUUUUAGUAGUGAAUAUAUUAUUAACAAACAAAUGAGCAAUUAAUUAAAUUACCACAAACUAACUGCCACAAGGUGAACCUGGAGCCUGUUAAUUGCCCACCGUGCCCGCUUGGUAAUCCAGCCUCGCACAGUAGUAAGAUAUAAAAAACAGAACAAGAAAAUUAUGAAAAACUAUCUUUAUUUAUCUAGUAUCUUUAUUCUACAUUUUUAUGUAAUUUAUCUCAAUGUACAGUCUGUAGGAUAAUAUCUGGAAACAAACAAACAAAACACUGUUUGGGAGAACAUGAAUUGAUAUCCAUAAAAACAGAAGAAGAUUACUAUAGUUUAGAAAAUGAAAGGUGACUGUUUUGGCACCUUUUGUUAAUGUGGAUGCAUUUGGGGCAUCACAACAAUGGAUAAAAAUCUUGUGUAACCUGUUUGUCAGGCUUUAGUUAGUUCAAAGUCUGUGGUACUGUAUAAAAGUUAACCAAAAAAAAAGAAAAAAAAAAGGUAUUUGGAAAAAAAAUUAUAAGAAAAGGAAAUGGAAAUGCCUAUUUACAGUUCUGUAAACCAAGACCAUUUAAAAACACUAGCUUAGAAAAAUAAAGAUAACCCAGUGGUGUUGAUUACAAGGACCAUUUUUGUUACGGUACAUGCUAUUCACAUUUCCCUUCAUUGUAAGUUUUUCUUUUUUUACAGGUUUGCAGUUUUUUUGUUUUGACCCUGUGUAAACUACAAUGGCAAAUGGCAAAAAAGCUUUUCCUAAAACGAUGCAGUCCACACAGAAGUAAAACCAAUGCCACCAUAACCACCUUGGCAGAUCGGAUGUGCUUGUUAUUUUCACAUGCAUAUGCAAAUUAUGCAAAGAAAAGACAGUAGACUAUUUCCUGUUAGCAAUGCAGCUGUCCCUUGUAGCAUAUCCAGUUAUUCUAUGUUCAACAAACAAAAUCAAAAUUGAGAAUACGAAUAUUUCAUUUGUAAAAAAAAAAAAAAACAGAAUAGAAAAAAAAAAGAAUAAAAGAGCUGUAAUAUGUUUCUUGAUA